CGGCUCGGCACGGACCGGGGCGGGGCGGGGCGGCCGGGGGGAGCGGCGCUGCGAGGCCCCACGCCCGCUAUAAGAGCAGCGGCAGCGGCCGCGCUCCGCAGUGCAUGGCAGCGCCGGUCUGCAUCCUCAGCCUGAUCCCUAUCCUCUCCCCGCCGCCGCUAUCCCCCUUGACCUUGAAUUUGGCACUCGGGGCCGCCCUGGGAUGUGGCGGAGCGCGCAGGACCCUCGCCUGUAAGAAGGGGAGAGGAGGCCCCCUCCUGCUGUAGGAGCGCAAAAGGAUUUACGGAGCAUCUUUGCCCCCUUUGUUGAAGGGCAGGGGAGGGCCGACAGGAUGAGCACCAGCACAGUUCCCUACCAGCAAAGCCCCUACACCCCUGGGAGCGGCUCCUCUGUCAUCCAGUGCUACCGCUGCGGGGACACCUGCAAGGGCGAGGUGGUACGCGUGCAGAACAACCACUUCCACAUCCGCUGCUUCACCUGCCAAGUGUGUGGCUGUGACCUGGCCCAGUCAGGCUUCUUCUUUAAGAACCAGGAGUACAUCUGCACCCAUGACUACCAGCAGCUCUACGGCACCCGCUGCGACAGCUGCGGGGACUUCAUCACUGGAGAGGUCAUCUCAGCGCUGGGCAGGACCUACCACCCCAAGUGCUUCGUCUGCAGCACCUGCAGGAAGCCGUUCCCCAUUGGAGACAAGGUCACGUUCAGCGGGAAGGACUGUGUCUGCCAGAACUGCUCCCACUCGCUCAUCAGCACCAAACCCAUCAAGAUCCAUGGACCCAGCCACUGCGCAGGCUGCAAGGAGGAGAUCAAGCAAGGCCAGUCCCUCCUGGCACUGGAGAAGCAGUGGCACGUCAGCUGCUUCAAGUGCCAAACAUGUGGAAUCAUCCUCACUGGGGAGUACAUCAGCAAGGAUGGAGUCCCAUACUGCGAGUCUGACUACCAUGCCCAGUUCGGCAUCAAGUGCGAGACCUGUGACCGGUACAUCAGCGGCAGGGUCCUGGAGGCAGGAGGGAAGCACUACCACCCUGCCUGUGCCAGGUGUGUGCGCUGCCACCAGAUGUUCACGGAAGGCGAGGAGAUGUACCUCACAGGCUCUGAAGUGUGGCACCCCAUCUGCAAGCAGGCGGCCCGAGCAGAAAAGAAGCUGAAGGUAGGUGGCAAGCACAGAAGGACAUCAGAAACCUCCAUCUCGCCCCCUGGGUCCAGCAUCGGCUCCCCUAACAGAGUCAUCUGCGCUAAAGUGGAUAAUGAGAUCCUUAAUUACAAAGACCUGGCAGCUCUUCCCAAGAUAAAAGCCAUCUAUGAAGUGCAGCGUCCUGACCUCAUUUCAUACGAGCCCUAUCACAGAUACACGUCGGAUGAGACACUGGAGAGAUAUAGCUAUGGGGAGUCCCUGGGGACCCUCUCCCCGUACUCGCAGGACAUCUAUGAGAGCUUUGACAUGCGACAGAGGCGAGCUUCCAGCCCCGGCUACAUCGACUCUCCCACCUACAGCCGGCAGGGCAUGUCCCCCACCAUCCCGAGGUCCCCCCACCACUUCUACCGCUCAGGCACAGAAAGCGGGCGCAGCUCCCCCUACUAUAGCCAGUUAGAUGUGAGGUCUUCUACUCCAACCUCAUACCAAGCACCCAAGCAUUUCCACAUUCCAGCAGCCGGCGAGAGCAACAUCUACCGGAAACCCCCCAUCUACAAGCGACACGACGACAUCCCUGCAGCCACCAAAAGCAAAACGAGUGAAGACAUCGCUCAGUCGUCCAAGUACAGCCCUGCCUACUCCCCAGACACCUACUACCACUCCGAGUCAGAGUACUGGUCCUUCCAAAGCUCCCCCAAAGCCCCCCGGGCCCGGAGGUUCUCAUCAGGAGGCGAGGAGGAUGGGUACGAGCGGGGCAUGCACAAGAUCCAGAGCGGCAUCGGCAGGCUGAUCCUGAGGGAGGAGAUGAAGGCUCGCUCUAACUCCUACGCAGACCCCUGGACGCCCCCUCGCAGCUCUGCCAGCAGCAGAGAAGCCCUGCACACGGCUGGCUACGAGGGCUCCCUGAAUGGCUCCCCCCAGAUGCACUACCUGGCUGACAGUGACCCCCUCAUUUCUAAGUCGGCCUCCCUCCCUGCCUACAGGAGGAAUGGGCUGCACAGGCCUCCCAGCGCGGAGCUUUUCCACUACGACAGCACCAAUGCCGUCAACUGGGGGAUGCGAGAGUACAAGAUAUACCCCUAUGAGCUGCUCCUGGUGAAGACGAGGGGGAGGAACCAGCUGCCCAAAGAUGUGGACAGGACUCGGUUAGAGCGCCACCUCUCCCAGGAGGAGUUCUACCAGAUCUUCGGCAUGACCAUCGCUGAGUUUGACCGCCUGGCCCUCUGGAAGAGGAAUGAGCUGAAGAAGCAGGCCCGGCUGUUUUAAAAGCAGUGCACUAUAAAUAUAUACAUACCUAUAAAUAUAUACAUAGAAAGAUCUCUAUAUAGCAGCUCUGUAUGAUUCUCAGUACUGUACGUGGCAGAGGCACCCUCUGCACCCCUGAGAGUGAAUUGGAGUCUCACAGAUAA